CCCCCGACCCCGGGGCAGAGCGGCGGGAGCGCCGCGUGUGCCUCUCCCGCGGCUAUUCCUGUCAGGAUGGAUUUACGGCUCUAAAAGGAGCGCGGGGGGAGGAAGGGGAAUCUCCUGCAGGAGCCGGGGCUGGAAGCGGAGCCCGGCUCGGAGCGGAGCGCGGGGGUCGGGCCAUGGCAGCGGGGCCGCACCGCGCCCGGGCGCACCCGGGCCAUGCCUGAGCCCGGCUCCUGCUCUGCCUGCACAGAGCCCCGCCGGGUCCCGGGCUCCUGCUCUGCCUGCACAGAGCCCAGCCGGGUCCCGGGCUCCUGCUCUGCCUCCAGCCGGGUCCCGGGCUCCUGCUCUGCCUCCAGCCGAGUCCCGGGCUCCUGCUCUGCCUGCACAGAGCCCAGCCGGGUCCCGGGCUCCUGCUCUGCCUCCAGCCGGGUCCCGGGCUCCUGCUCUGCCUCCAGCCGGAUCCCGGGCUCCUGCUCUGCCUCCAGCCGGGUCCCGGGCUCCUGCUCUGCCUCCAGCCGGGUCCCGGGCUCCUGCUCUGCCUCCAGCCGGGUCCCGGGCUCCUGCUCUGCCUCCAGCCGGGUCCCGGGCUCCUGCUCUGCCUCCAGCCGGGUCCCGGGCUCCUGCUCUGCCUCCAGCCGGGUCCCGGGCUCCUGCUCUGCCUCCAGCCGGGUCCCGGGCUCCUGCUCUGCCUCCAGCCGGGUCCCGGGCUCCUGCUCUGCCUCCAGCCGGGUCCCGGGCUCCUGCUCUGCCUCCAGCCGGGUCCCGGGCUCCUGCUCUGCCUCCAGCCGGGUCCCGGGCUCCUGCUCUGCCUCCAGCCGGGUUCCGGGCGGUUCCGCCAGCCCCAGGCUCUGCGAUGUCGCCCAAGGCGCUGCUCGCCCUCGGGCUGUGGCUGCGCUUCGCCGCGGGACGGGGCGCACCUGAGCCAGGUCCCCAGCCUCCCACCUCCAACGCCGAGGGCGACCUCCUCUUCCUGCUGGACAGCUCCGCCAGCGUCUCCCCCUACGAGUUCUCCAAGGUCAAAGAAUUCAUGUGGGACCUCCUGCAGCCCUUCUCCUUCGGCCCCAGGGACGUGCAGGCCAGCCUCAUCCACAUCAGCACGGCUCCCACCACCGAGUUCCCCUUCAACCAGCACUGGAGCGGGGCCGCGCUGCGCGGGGCCAUCGGUGCCACGCGGCAGCUGAUGGGUGACACCAACACGGGCCGGGCGCUGGCCUACGCCAAGGAGCAGCUCUUCGGCGGCCACGCCGGCGCCCGGCCCGGCGUGCCCAAGGUGCUGGUGUGGGUGACCGAUGGCUUCUCCACGGAUGACAUCUCGCAGCCCAUGCGGCUGCUGAAGGACAUGGGAGUCACCGUGUUCAUCGUCAGCACCGGCCGCAGGAACUUCCUGCAGCUCUCGGCCGCCGCCAGCCAGCCCGCGGACAGGCACCUGCACUUCGUGGAUGUGGAUGACCUGCACAUCAUCACCCGGGAGCUCAGGGAGGGCAUCCGAGAUGCCAUCCGUGCCAACUGGCUCCACGCCACCGAUGUCACCUCCAGCAGCGCCCGCCUGACGUGGCCGCGGCUCCUGGACCAGGACAGUGGCUACUACAGCCUGGAGUAUGGCCCGAGGGCCGAGCCGGGCAGGAGGAGGACACAGCACGUGUCCGGGGCUCAUACCAGCCUCGUGCUCAGUGGCCUGGCCCCAGAAACCACCUACGAGGUGGCCCUGAUCCCCGAGUCCAACGUGCUCUACCUCCCGCCCCAGAGCACCAGCCUCACCACGCUGGCAGAGGAGAUCAGCCCAGUUCAGGUGCUCAUCUCGGAGUGUGGCCCUCACAGCUUCCAGGUGAGCUGGGCUCCUGUGCUGGACAGCGUGGCCAGGUACCAGCUCCUGUACGGGCCCCUCCCAGGGAACUCAGCCCAGGUGCUGGAGGUGGACGGGAGGCACAACAGCACCGUGGUGGAGCACCUGGCCCCCAGCACCACCUACCUGGUGACAGUGACUGCCAUCUACAGAUCCGGGAGCGAAAAAUCGCUGUCAGUCAAGGCCUGCACGCAGGAAGCUACAGAGGCCCAAGAGUACAGGGACAGAGAGAGAGCGUGACACUGCAGAGAGCUGAUUCCCAGCAGAGCAAGGGAUCCUGCCUGGACAAGGACUUGGACAAAAAGGAGGAGUCAGGGGAGGAAAACACCUCAUCCCCCCGCCUGCUGUCCCUUGAGGUGUCCUGCUUGUCCCCAGCCAAGCUCUCCCAGGCCUGGCCUGGCUGGCUGGAAGAGCCAGUCUGAAUAAAAGAUGCCAAAUCUGUACCCAUUGCAUAUAAACACGCCUGAAAAAUAACAAAGAGGAGGCAAAGGGUGGAUCCUCACUGUUGCUUGCUUGCUGCCUGCUCUCUAUUGAUGAAAGGUCGAUGCAGAUUUAUUUUUGCAGCUUAUGAGCACGUCCAGGGCUGGACUGUUCAGUGCCCAGGGCGCUCAGAGAAAGAUUCCAAAUCCAUUCCUGCAGGGAACCUGAGUGUGAGAGAGCAGGAAACCCCAAAUCCUGGGGAUGUGGCUCUCAGCCCUCAGCUGGGAGUCCAGAAAAGCCACACAAGACCACCUAAAGCAGUUUUUAUUUCUGUGCUCCUGCCUGGAUCAUCCCCGCUGCAUUGCUCUGGCAUUCCUGCCAAGCCCUCUUCACCAAAUGCGAGUCCUGCUGUCCCUGUGGAGAUUAAUUAGCCUGUCCUGUGACUAAUUACAGGCAAUAAGUCUCCAGCACCAUCAUUCCUCUGCACUCUGAACACACAGAGCUGUCUUGUCUUGGGCUUCCACCCAGUGCCAAGCUUGAGCUACACUUAAAAAAUGAAAAAAAUCAGGGGUUUUAAGGGAGAAGAGUAAAUCUGAUUCUUUCCCUUUGGCCUCAGGCUUGAACUCGCUGUUAUUAAGCCACUCUGGAAAAGGGAGCUGGGAAAAAAGAAAAUAAAAGACAAAUUAAUUAUAAAUGCCUAGUGACCAAGCAAAUGGUUUCAAAGUUCAGGGCUUAGGGCUGUAAAGAAAUGUAGAUACUUCUCUGCUAAACCCUCCCUCAGUAACUCUUGCUCUGUUUUAAAUUUAUUGCUUAUUUGUCCUACAUGUGGAAUUGUUUCUGAGGCCGUGCUGUUUGUUGGAGAGCCCCGUGCAGCCUCACAAACCCUUCCUAAAACAGCCCCAAACAGCUCUUUUCGGAGCUGAGAGGAAUUUGAUCCCUGAUUUUGUCUCCUGAGAGCUGAAUCCUUCAUCUGCACGUUUCUGGAGCAUUUUCCUCCAGCUGCCUUGUUCAGGAGAGAGGGAUGGAAGGGAGGUGAGUCACUCAUUAACUCUGUAAAGAGAUUUUUCACGUGAUUUGUGUCCUCCUUUGGAAUGUGCGUUUGUGACUGAUUAAUCUCAGCGCUGAAGGGGUGCCAAAGCCCCUGGAACUGCUCAUGCAAUAAGAUGAUUUUGUUUGUUCUUGCUGUAGGACAGAAAUUAAGUUUGCACAACUCCCUGCAUAGUUUAUUAAUACAUUAACGUGUCAUUCCCACCCUCCAGUUGUAACACACCCUUCUUGAAGAUAAUUAAAUAUAAAUACAAGAGCU